ACCCCUGUGGACGCCCCUGUGGACGUGUCUUCUCCACAGCUGAGGAGGUUUUUCUGAUGGUUACGAGCUUAAAACUCACCAGAGAUUCUUCAAAACCAACCAGGAGAAAAGCAGUUCCAGAUUUUAAAGACCCAGGCAGGACGCCAUGACCGGCAGCCCGGAAAACAUCCCCCUGGGGGAGUGCACCCUGUCCCAGUCCCAGGACCAGCUGACCCCCCCCAGCCGCACCGAGAGCACCGUGUUCAGCCUGUCCCGCAGCGACUCCCUGUGGCCGGCCGAGGCGUCCCGCGACCGCUGCCAGGUCUUCUGGUUCCCCAUCCAUCUGAUGUCAACCGGCGGCAGCUUCCUGGCGUGCGGCGUCAUCAUCAGCGGCCUGUACUUCGCCGGACACUGCCGGAAGGUCACCAACAUCCUGGGACCCGCCCUGCUGUCCAUCGGCCUCAUGGUGUUCGUGGUGGGCGUGGUCCUGAUCCCCAUCACCAAGGAGAACAGGAAGCAGUCCAGCAUGAAGAGGCCGCUGACCUACUACCGCCCCCCGGUGUUCAACCUCUGA